UGCUGCCUUGCUAGAUAAGCUAUCCAGAGCUCCCUCGCAGUCGCCGCCAAGACGACCGCGUGGGACCGCGAGGAUGCUGAAAUGUUCAAGAACCCUCAACAACGAAUAUUGCAAGUGUACGCGUCGGCUAGGGAGCCUUGACUACGGUGGCCUCCGUGGUCUUUUUUGAGUGCUUGGCGAGCCUGCACGCUCUGUACGGGCUAUGCUUUGUAAUUCGAUAGUGGCUUGUUAAGCUCCGUCCGAACUUUGUGUCAUGGGCCGGUGUGGCUUUUGGUUGUUUUAAGACUGGUUGGUGUGCUACUCUGUUGUUGGGGUUCUAUUAAUUUAAAGCCGGAUGCAUCUGGCGUCUUCAUUCUAAAAAAAGAGCCGGGGCAACCCAGCGCGCUGCGGCGAGAUGGCGGCGUCGCAGGAGUACAUGGACAAGGCGCUGCUCCGGCGGAGCUACCGCAACGUCUGGCAGACCGACCUCACCUGCGCCAUCCAGGCGGAUUUCCCAUACUGCUGUCUGUCGCUGUGGUGCGGCCCAUGCGUCUCUUACAUGCUCCGCAGGCGUGCUCUCUACAACGACAUGUCGAGAUACGUGUGCUGCGCCGGGUACAUGCCAUGCAGCGGCAGGUGCGGCGAGAGCAAAUGCCCAGAACUAUGCCUCGCAACAGAGGCGUUCCUCUGCUUCGGCAGCUCGGUUGCUUCGACCAGGUUCCUGCUGCAGGACGAGUUCAACAUCCAGACGACCCAGUGCGACAACUGCAUCAUCAGCUUCAUGUUCUGCCUCCAGCAGCUGGCCUGCAUCUGCUCCCUGGUCGCCUGCAUCGUCGGCAACCAGGAACUCUCCGAGGCUUCGCAGGCGAUCUCCUGCGUCUCCGACGCGGUCUACUGGACGGUUUGCUCCUGUAUGCAGACGCAGCACAAGGUGGAGAUGGACAAGAGGGAUGGCAAGCUGGGCGGGGCUGCGAUGACGGUCCCUCCGACGCAGCAGAUGUCACGCAUCGAUCAGCCGAUGCCGCCUCAGGUCGGGUAUGCGCCGCAGCCAGCGUCCUACAGGUAGUUCUGUGGGGUCUUGGGCUGCCGUUGCGAGUGGGAAAUGGAUGGAGAUCAAGUAGCUGAUAUUAUGUUCCUCCUGUUUUAGUAGGCGAAUUUUGAGGCUUGGGGUCAGCUUAGAACUUGUCAUAUUUUUUUGCAUCCAAAUAUUCCAGCAAGUGAGAAUGAUUAUAUCCAUAGCAAUCUACAUAUGGAA